AUGCCUACCGGAGCCGUCAUCGCCGAGCAGUCUGUGCACCUUCUUCCCGUCGAGCCCGUCCUGGGCGCGCCUCAGAAUGCGUCCCACGCCGAGGUCCAGAUCGUCCUCCGCAAGAACAUGUACGACUGGGGUUCUGACUACGCCGUUCGUGACCUGGCCGGCAAUGUCGUCGUGAUCGCCAACGCCAAGCCCGACUCGACGCUCGACAAGAAGCAGAUUCUUGACCCCAACGGAAACGAGCUCUAUGAGAUCCGCGACGAGGUCAUGUCCGUCUCGCACGGCAUGGUCGGUCACAAGUCGGGCGGCAACAUCUUCGAGUGCCACAACCACAAGACGAAGAUGAACAAAGGUGAAACCACUACUGAGCUCCGCGGCUGGUGGAAGGACAACAAUGGCAAGCACGACCUGGUCCUCCAGGGCGACUGGUACCAGGGCACUGCUUCGAUCUGGAUGCCCGACACGAACCAGGGCAUCGGCAAGAUCCUGCUGCAGCCCGUGAACCUGGACUCGAACUGGGACAAGGAGGAGUACAUCGUGACCGUUGCGCCUGGCGUCGACGUCCAGGUCUUCGCCGGCAUCGUCAUCGCCUUUGAGGCCGUGCUCUCCAAGGAGCUCAAGAAGGACGUCCUGUUCCCAGACAGGCGCCAGAAGUGA